AUGUCACGAAUCUUGCGCCCAGCCUCGCGUUUCCUUUCCGCCUCCGCAGCACGCCCCGUUGCGAGAAGUGCGUUUCAACGCUUUCCCCGAAUUCCGGCGACUGUACAAAAUAAAGGAUAUGCGACAGAGAGUGGAACGAAGGAAUACACAGUCAGAGAAGCCUUGAACGAGGCUCUCGCGGAAGAAUUAGAACUCAACCCAAAGGUGUUCGUGCUCGGAGAGGAAGUCGCUCAAUAUAAUGGUGCAUACAAGGUCACCAAGGGUUUGUUGGAUCGAUUCGGAGAGAAGAGGGUCAUCGACAGUCCCAUCACCGAGUCGGGAUUCUGUGGUCUUACAGUUGGAGCCGCGUUGGCUGGAUUACAUCCUGUCUGCGAGUUCAUGACUUUCAACUUCGCUAUGCAGGCUAUCGAUCAAAUCGUCAACUCGGCGGCAAAGACUCAUUACAUGUCUGGUGGAAUCCAGCCAUGUAACAUCACUUUCCGUGGUCCCAACGGCUUCGCCUCAGGUGUCGCCGCCCAGCAUUCACAAGAUUACUCUGCUUGGUACGGAAGCAUACCAGGUCUCAAGGUUGUUACUCCAUGGAGUGCAGAGGACGCAAAGGGAUUGUUGAAGGCAGCCAUCCGGGAUCCUAACCCGGUCUGUGUUCUCGAGAACGAAUUGCUAUACAAUCAAGUCUUCCCAAUGAGCGAGGCUGCCCAGAAAGAUGAUUUCGUUAUCCCGUUCGGAAAAGCUAAGAUCGAGCGCGCUGGAAAGGAUCUCACAAUCGUCACCCUGUCGAGAUGUGUCGGUCAAUCGCUGGUCGCCGCUGAGGCAUUGAAGAAGAAAUACGGUGUCGAGGUUGAAGUUAUCAACCUACGAUCAAUCAAGCCUCUCGACGUUGAAUCAAUCGUCAAGUCCGUAAAGAAGACCCACAGACUUUUGGCCGUCGAGUCCGGUUUCCCAGCAUUCGGUGUCGGUGCCGAGAUUCUCGCACUCGGUAUGGAAUACGCUUUCGAUUACCUAGAUGCUCCAGCCCAGAGAAUCACCGGUGCUGAAGUACCAACGCCAUACGCCAAGGCUCUGGAGGAUAUGUCUUUCCCAGACGAAUCUUUGAUCGAGAACUACGCGAAGAAGAUGUUGAGGUUGUAA